GUCAUCUGAACCUUGCUCCUUCCUGCUGUGGGUCCAGGGUUCAGACUAUGGAGCUGUGGACGCAGCUGAGGGAGGCCGGGCUGGAGCCCCCAGGGCUGGGCCCACCUCCUCGGGCCCUGAGGAUGCCCCCACCAGAGGACAGCCCUGGUCACACCCUCAUGGCCCCGGGGACGGACACUAGAGGUGCCAGGGAGACCCUGCUGGGGAUCUGGAAGGAGUUGAGGAAUCUACGUCGAGUGGAUGUCCAGCUGUUGGGCCAACUGUGCCACCUGGGGCUGGAGAUAGGAGCGCUGCGGGAGGAACUGCUCACCAUCCUGGAGGAGGAGGAGGAAGGUGGUGGUGAGGAAGAGGAUGAAGAGCCCCAGAGGCUGCAGGAGGAAGGGCUUCCAGGGGCCUCCUACCCGACCCUGGGCCUCCCUGACUUUGAGAUGACUAUCUGAGAUGUUUUUCUCUGACACACACAUGCGCUGCGCCGCUAAGUAAAGAGAUUUGAAGAUUUGGA